AUGGCCGCCCUUGAUAUCAACACCAACUCGAGACUUUACGCAAAGCACGUCCUGAGACAGAGACUAUCUAAAUUUCUCUCGCUCAAGGCACUGAGAUGGAGGAGCUUCUGCAGAACGCCAGCAAGGUUUCGUACGAAGCGACUCGAGGAGAAUAGCAUCGAGAUUAUUCUGGACCUAGAAUUGAGUCAAGGACAUGAGUCAAAUGGCUCUGCAACAGACCUGAUUGCUGCCUACGAGUCAGACCCCGAGGCGACUUGGUUACUGGUGGCCUGCGACUACCCUUCCAUUACGGCAGAUGCGCUUCAAGAUUUGCGAUCAUGCUACAAACCUCCCGUUACAUGCUUUCAGAACCAACAAGGUUUCUGCGAGCCUCUAUUGGGCAUAUGGAGUCCAGAGGCUAUCAGCCAUGUCAAGGAGAACUACAGAGCAGGAAAGCCUAGCUUUAGCAAGGCUGUUCGGGAACUUGACGGUUAUACAUAUCUUCUUGAGGAGUCGGAAGCACUACUACGAAACGUAAAUGUCAAGUCGGAAUGGGAAGAUGCGCUGAGAUCAUUGAGGGAUGAGCCGACAGACAACUUCGUGGAAGAGCCAUUGGAAGUAUUGUGA